AUGGACCCAUGCUGCGGCAGAGCGGGCCUGGGGGGGCAGGUGGAGAUCCUACCCCAGCCGGAAUAUGGAACCGCCAGGCCGUGGGAAGCUCCUGCCGUGUUCGACGUGCAGCUCACGGAACUGACGACGCGAGAGUUCAUGGGCUUCAGGUCCCCCUCCUCUUUCAAGCACAAGUACACGCUCCUCAACACGCACGGCGCGAAGGUUGACGAGCCAGAUGAGGAGACCAUGGGGGAGCUGGACGCCACGCGGCGAAGCCAGGCCGCGUGCUGCAAGAACAUGUGUUUCUUCUUGUGGCUGAUAUCUCGGCGGCCAGACGGAUUAUUGUUUUGCGUGCACGUACGAAUUUGA